GUAUGGUCCAAUCAUAGCCAACACUAAGGCCCAUAAUAUCAUUCAGGGUUUAAACUAAGGAUCAACAAAACUUCGUUCAAAUUUGAUCCAUAGAUUAAACUACUUUCGUAAUAUCAAUACAAAAACAAACAGAGAUCAGCUGAACUGUGACAAUGUUAUGACGUGUGGCAACAUUUUGUGAUCCGUUCAUUCUUUUCAAUCUUUUAACAAUCCCAAGCUAAAAUUACACAUCUGUAUUUGACAGUUGCAUCGUUUUUCCAAAUAAAAUUCAAUAAUUCGUUAUGUCCGUCGAAAAUAAAACACGCGUUCCCAAUUUUUCAAAAUCGGAAACAGAAUUGCUCACAAGCUUGGUGAGACAAUAUAGCCAUAUAUUGGAAAAUAAAAAAAGUGAUAUGACAAAUAAUCAGCUGAAGGAGCAAACUUGGUCAAAGCUGGCCAAAGAAUUCAACAGUUUGUCGUCAUUUGUGUUCAGAAGUGACAAGACUCUUCGCGCAAAGUAUGACAAUAUAAAAAAGAGGGCCAAGACCAAAUAUAGUACGUUUCGGAGAAGUUUGUAUGGAACAGGGGGUGGACCAUCCGCUGAAAUUAAUUUCAGUCAAGAAGAGGAAGUGGUAAUGGAGUUAUCUGGGACUAGUGUGAUGGGAUUACCAUCUCGCAAUGACUGUGAUGAGAUAGUAAUAACAAAGGAAACAAAGGAAAAAUAUGCCGAGACCAGCCAAGACACAGCACUUCCGGCAAAAAAUAAUCAAAAUAUACUGAUUGAUGAAAAAAUUAUUGAAUCAGAAACCCCAAAGAGCAGUAAUUUUCUAUUAAAGAGAAAAAUAUCUACACCCCUCACCAAAAAGAAUCCAGAAGUGUUCAAUAAAACAAUGAACAAUUAUAGUGCCUUGGCCAAUAAAAAAAUUAAAUUACUGGACGCACAAAUUGACAAUUUAAAUAAAAAACAAGAACAAGAAGUAAAGGAGCAUGAACUGAGAUGUACACUUCUACAAUUAGAAAUUGACAUUAAAAAAAAAGUACUCGAUAGUUUUAAUUAAUUGAUAAAAUGCGUUGUAAUUAAAUAUAUAUGUAAUUGUAAAUUGUUGUAACUGUGUAAUUAAAUGUAAUAAAAAAAGAUGAGGUUGUUUUCAUUUCAUAUUAAAAAUUGGUUUUAUUAAACAUAUAAAGGACAAUAGUUCAAAUAUAGUAGUAAAUUUACUUUAUAUUUUGAUUUUCCUUUUUUUAAAAGGAAUUCAGCUAUUGUAAACUGCUAAAGUAAUUGUCAAUUAACAUUUGCCUUCUAUAACUAUUGUUGCUGUAAUUGCUGCUGAGGGUGGUAUCUUGGUUGUUAUCACUGCCAGUUACAUCAAUGAUAUUUUCUAAGUUAACAUCUAAGUUAGGCAUGACAUCAUUAUGCUUGAUACACAAGUUGUGUAAAAUGGCUGUUGCAACAAUGAUAUCUUGUACCAGUUCAACUUUGGUCUUAAUUCCCAAUGACAAAACUGGAAACCGUCUCUUCCAUAUGCCAAAUGCCCUCUCUAUACAAUUCCGAGUUCGUAUAUGAGACUCAUUGUAUAGUUUCUCAGCUUCUGUGACAGGAUUUUGUAGAGGUGUCAAUAGAUAUUUUUUGUUCGGAUAUCCAGCAUCACCGAGAAGAACUAGUUGGCCCAUCUGACCUGAUUCAAAAAUAGCACAGAGUCUGCUAUUUUGAAAAAUGGUACUGUCAUGGCUUGCCCCCGGCCAUCUAGCCACAAUAUUCGAAAAUUUCAAGUCUGA